GUCAAUUUUUUAAGUUUUCAUUGAAAAUUUCGGAACUGUGUUAACUAAUCUAUAUUAGUCUUUAAGAACAAUGUCUUUUAUACAUACCGUGUACACGAUACUCUUCGUGUUAUGUUUCGAUAGAGCCAGUACGGAUACUUUGAAUCCUAGCAAUGUAGUAAUUGUAAUAUUAAGCCAAAAGGAAGGCUACCAUGCAGCACAUGCUGAUGUUUUAAAGAAAGGUAUCUUGGAACAAUCUGACAUUCUCGAUAAAGAUCCUCCAGAAAUUCUUUUAUCUCACGAGUUAAACAUUACUGGGUCAUGGACAAUUACACCAUUAUUGGAUUAUUUAUUAGAUACAUAUCCAACUUCAAAAUGGUUUUUUUUUUGCUUGGAAAAUACUGCAAUUAGAUUAAGCAAACUGUUGAACACUCUUUCCAAACACAAGGAGAACAAAAACAUAUGGAUUGGUCAUGCACUCUAUGAUCGUGAGCCAACUAUAAUACAUCAUUUUAAGGAGCAUAAUAAGAAGUUUAAAUAUCCACACAUUGCAUCAGGUUUUGGAAUAACAUCAUCUCUGUUGAACAGUUUAGUGCAAAAACUUGUUGAAGGUGAAAGACCUAAAGAUGACUUCUCUAUCGAUGUAUCCUAUGAAUUUGCAUCUUUUGUAUUCAAAGUCAGUAAAGGAGUACGGUUGACUCAUACAUCUGAAAUAUGCAUUGUAUCCAGUGCAAACUGUGCCACAUAUCCAAGAUAUUUUCAUCCAUGCGAUUCAUCUAUAUCUUCCGAAAACGCAUAUUUUGCUGUAAAAACUUGUGCAAAAUAUCACAUUGAAAGGAUUCCUGUGAUUAAAAGGACAUGGGCAAAAUAUGUUAAAAACAUUGGCUACUUUAGCGACGCCGCUGACAAAUAUUUACCCGAUGCUUUUGUUGUGCCAAACACGACGACCGGGCACUGCGAAAAGACUUAUAAUAUCCUAUUAAAAGCCGACGAAAUAUUAAAAAAAAGCAAUAUUAAUUGGCUGAUACUCAGCGAUGACGACACAAUUUUUAGCGUAGCGCGGCUGCUGCGUUUAUUGACAUGUUACAAUCCAAAAACGGCGAUCGGUAUCGGAGAACGAUAUGGUUUUCGAUCGUGGGAUAAACUUUCCGGGUAUGAGUAUCUAACAGGCGGAGCUGGCCUUGCCUUAUCUAAGCCUUUAGUCCAUGAAAUGAUACAACCAGGCAGGUGCAAUUGUCCAACACCUACAACUCCAGACGAUAUGUACCUAUUUGGUAUAUGUUUAGCGCGAAUUGGAGUACAACCUGUACACUCGCAAUUGUUUCAUCAAGCACGCCCCUCCGAUUACGCAACUGCUUUUCUCGCUUCGCAAGAACCCGUAUCCUUUCAUAAGUUUUGGAUGAUCGACCCUGAUAUGGUUUACGAUGAAUGGUUCGCGAAAGCAGAUGCAUCCUUGAUCGCAAUUAAAAAACACACGGAGCUAUAACGUCGAGGAUACGGUUUAUUAUUUUUACUUUGUAAUAAUUUUUUAAAUAUACACAUUUUCUACGAAUAUUAUAGUAAAAUAAUUUUUAUUGUCUUAUAGCAUCAAUAUAGUAUAAAAAUAUUCAAACUAUAAUAAAAAUAUUAGUUACGCGUA